AUGGAGGGGGAGGGCACCCAGCUAUGCACUGGGUACAAGUCCAAGAAGGCUUUCACCAAAUACUGCAAGAAAUGGCAGGAUGAAGAGGGCAAGAAGCAGCUGGACAAGGACUUCAAUGCCAUGAAGAAGUACUGCGAGGUCAUUGCCCACACAGAUGCCAAGGAUGGGAAGCUGAAGAACAACGCCUCCACGGAGUACGACCUGUCCAACAAGAGCAUCAACCCCCUGGGUGGAUUCGUCCACUAUGGCAAUGUGACCAAUGACUUUGUCAUGGUGAAGGGCUGUGUGGUGGGGACCAAGAAGAGGGUUCUGACUCUGCGCAAGUCUCUGCUGGUGCAGGCCAACCGUCGUGCGUUGGAGAAGAUCGACCUCAAGUUCAUCGACACCACCUCCAAGUUCGGUCACGGACGCUUCCAGACCUUCGAGGAGAAGAAGGCGUUCAUGGGACCACUCAAGAAGGACCGCGUCGUCACUGCAGCGUUGACUGACCAUCACUGUUCUACGGAGUUGUUUAAUAAAAAGAAAAAAAAAACAAAGAUUAUGCUGUCGCAAUUUCAUUUACGUAUUAAUGUCGACUAAAGGUUGUAUAUGUGU